GACAAUCAUUCGUAAAUUUUGACACAUUUCAUGAGUUAGGUCACUAACUGUACAGCUGCCUAGCGCACCAGGCCCCGAUGGCGAGAUAAUGUCAGAUAAUUGGAUGUGGGUCGGUCGCAGUGGUUAACAAUAGUAAACAGCCCAUCUUUGAGUUCCAUACAUGCCCUGGUCCCCACAGAUUGCGCCAGGCUCUCAGGGGGGGAGCCUGGAUCUCGCGCCCGUGAGAGCGCCAUAUGGACCACAUUUAAAAGAAGUCAUUAAACCUGUUUCUCAGCCCCUUCGUCAGUUACCCCACUUACACUGUACUGGCCACGGAGACCGGGUUAUCUCGGGCUGAAUGCGGGGUCAGAGUCAUCCGUUCAGUUGACAGUCUUCCAAGUCCAAACUUUUAGGGCAUCGCGAUAGCUCCAAGGCGCGUUAUAUUCAUUGUUAUGUGGAAUACGCCGAAGUUCCGCAGAGACUGAUUCGCUAAUGUCCUCUCUCUCUCUCUUCUCUCAUUUAUCAGUCUAUUGUACAAGCUGGUCAAUGAUAUGGCGUCAGGGUAAAGAAAAAUGGAUGGGAAGUUGAGUCAUACAAUGAACGCAAACUCAGAAGAGGAUAGUUUGUAGAUGCCACCAACAAAAAUCAAGGUGACUGAAAUUUGUGGUUAUGAUUUAUUUCCAGGAAUUAGCUAAUGAUAUCGCAAGCCUAUUCUCCGGGAAACCUUAAGAAGGUCAGUUGGCCAUUUGGUGUUUAAGUCAAACAAUUUGCCUCCACAGUAAAGGGCCCACGUUCUGACGGCUGUAAAUGUCGUACUUUUACAUUUGAGUGGUGUUCAUCAGCCUUUCCUAACUGCGUAGUGGAAUACGGGUGUAUGGGGUGUCAGCGGUGGGUUCACGUGAGGGUCGUGGUGGUCGCUCACUUGCUUGCAGGUGAGACUACGCCUAGCGUUCACUUGCUGGCACUCAACUCUCACCUGUGGCUCCACGUAGCUGGGCUCUGCUCAGCGGCCACACCCCGGGCAACCGUCUCGACCGGCGGGCUAAACCAGGUGAGGGGGCCCUGUGCGCUGUGCCGUGUGCACAGGGUUUGCGGAUUCCGCUGGAUGGAAGGUCGGAUGGAACCUUGCGUCGGCACCGUCGUGACGUGGUUCGUCUCUGCACGCCGCUGGACAGCCGGUGACGGGAUGGAUCUCCACAUCGACAUCGCCUUGACGCGCCCACCUAUGCCGUCGGAGACCGCGGCUUACGGCGAAUUCGAAUCGCUCUCCACUACAACCCGAAGUCGUGGCCCCAUAGUGGAGUUCGGCCGUGCCACAACGGCACAUGGCAGCCCUAUUCAGGGAUGGCACUGCCAGCCCCCACGAGGGGAAGGACCUAGAAAAGGUGGCCUAAACAUUGCUGGGCACCACGCCGUCUUCAGGCUAGUCAGGGCCGCAGACGUCUAAACAUGGUCGAAACAAUCAAAAUCGAAACAACAACAAUACCUAUAACAACAACAACAAUACUCGCUCACCCCCUCAUCCUACCUCAUCUUUCUAUUCCUCUACCUAUUCUUCUGCCUAUUCUUCUCCUUCGCCAUCUUCUUCUCCAUCUCCUUCCCGUCGCCCCACUCGUUGUCACCAGACUGGCAGGGUGAGUCCGCUCACUCUGGCAGCCUGGAAUGUUCGUUCCCUUUUAGACAAUCCGAGGAGCAGCCGACCGGAACGAAGGACGGCGCUAGUGGCACGGAAACUGGCGCGCUACAAGGUGGACAUCGCCGCACUCAGCGAAACCCGAUUCUCCGAACAAAGCCAACUGAAGGAGGUGGGUGCCGGCUACACCUUCUUCUGGAGCGGUCGACCCAGGGCAGAGCGACGGGACGCGGGUGUCGCCUUCGCCAUUCGGAACGACAUCGUGGGACGACUGCCCGGUUUGCCGCAGGGCAUCAACGAUCGCCUGAUGAGCCUCCGCCUGCCUCUCUGGGGAGGCAAAUUCGCCACCAUCAUCAGCGUCUACGCUCCGACGAUGACCAACCCCGACGCCGUCAGAAACAAAUUCUACGAGGACCUGUACGCCCUCUUGGCGACUGUGUCGAAGGCGGACAAUUUGAUUGUCCUUGGUGACUUCAACGCCCGCGUCGGCACAGACCAUACUGCCUGGAGAGGAGUGCUGGGUCCCCACGGUCUCCACGGCUCAAACGACAAUGGUCUGCUGCUUCUCCACACCUGCGCAGAGCACCGCCUCAUCCUGACGAACACGUUCUUCUGUCUGCCGGAGCGAGAGAAGGCCACCUGGAGGCAUCCUCGGUCGCGUCAGUGGCACCUGCUGGACUAUGUCCUCGUCCGGAGGCGAGACCAGCGGGAAGUGCUGGUGACAAGGGCGAUUGCGGGCGCUGACGGGUGGACCGACCAUCGCCUCGUCAUCUUGAAGAUGCGUAUUCGCCUACAGCUUUGCAGGAGACCACAAGGUAAGCGACCCCCAGGUAAGCUGAAUGUUGCCUUGUUGUCUCUGACCGCUCACCAUCUUCAUUUCAGCAAUGAGCUAGCUCAAAAGCCAGACAACCUUCCUAUCGUUGCCGACGCCGCCGCUGCCGAGAACGCCGCCGUGGAGAACCGCUGGUGUCAACUGCGAGACACGGUCCAGUCGACGGCGCACGGCGUCCUCGGUCGCGCUCCCCGCCAACACCAGGACUGGUUCGACGACAACGACGCCGCCAUCAGAAAUCUGCUUGCUGAGAAGAACCGCCUACACAAAGCCUACGUAGAUCACCCCACUGAUGCCACCAAAGCUGCCUUCUACCGCAGUCGCCGCCAACUUCAACAACGACUGCGCGAGAUGCAGGACGCCUGGACUGCUCGCAAAGCUGAGGAGAUCCAAGGGUACGCGGACCGCAAGGAAUGGAAGAACUUCUUCUCUGCGAUCAAAGCUGUCUACGGUCCGCCGACGAAGGCCACUGCUCCUCUCCUCAGCGCCGACGGCAGCACUCUCCUGACUGAGAAGACGCAAAUCCUACAGCGAUGGGCCGAGCAUUUCCGUGGCGUCCUCGACCGCUCCCCCGUCAUCUCCGACGCCGCCAUCGAGCGUUUGCCGCAAGUGGAGACCAGAGUGGACCUCGACCUCCCGCCAUCUCUCCAGGAGACCAUCAGGGCCGUGCGGCAGCUCUCCAGCGGGAAAGCACCCGGAUCGGACGCGAUCCCUGCUGAGGUCUACAAGCACGGCGGUCCCCAGCUGAUGGAUCACCUGACUGCGCUCUUCCAAGAGAUGUGGCGUCAAGGUGAAGUCCCGCAAGAUUUCAAAGACGCAACCAUCGUGCAUCUCUACAAGCGCAAAGCGAAUCACCAAGUCUGCGACAAUCACCGCGGCAUCUUCCUGCUGAGCAUCGCCUGGAAGAUCUUCGCUCGCAUCCUUCUCAACCGCCUCAAUAACCAUCUGGAACAGGGCCUUCUGCCGGAAAGCCAAUGCGGCUUCCGUCGUCAUCGUGGGACCACGGAUAUGAUCUUCGCCGCCCGUCAACUUCAGGAGAAGUGUCAGGAGAUGCGGACCCACCUGUACUCUACCUUCGUGGACCUGACGAAAGCCUUCGACACGGUGAAUCGUGAAGGACUGUGGAAGAUCAUGCAGAAAUUCAGCUGUCCGGAGCGAUUCACUCAGAUGGUGCGUCAGCUGCACGACGGUAUGAUGGCGCGAGUCACGGACAACGGAGCUGUCUCAGAGGCAUUCGCAGUAACCAAUGGAGUGAAGCAGGGCUGCUUACUGGCGCCUACCCUCUUCAGUCUUAUGUUCUCUGCCAUGCUGAUGGACGCCUACCGCGACGAACGCUUCGGGAUCCGCAUCGCCUACAGAACGGACGGUCACCUCCUGAAUCAACGGCGGAUGCACUUCCAUUCGCGCGUAUCCACAACCACCGUUCACGAACUCCUCUUCGCCGACGACUGCGCCCUGAACACCAUCUCGGAAGAGGAAAUGCAACGCAGCAUGGACCUGUUCUCCGCCGCCUGCGAGAACUUCGGUCUGGUCAUUAACACGCAGAAGACGGUGGUGAUGCAUCAACCGACACCCAACUCAGCCACAGCCCCCAACGCGCCGCCGCAAAUCAGCGUGAACGGAACCCAACUGCAGGUGGUGGAGAACUUCCCGUACCUGGGCAGUACUCUCUCCCGCAACACCAAGAUCGACGACGAAGUCGCCAACAGGAUCUCGAAAGCCAGUCAAGCCUUCGGUCGCCUCCAAGGCACAGUUUGGAAUCGCCACGGUCUUCAGCUGAGCACGAAGCUGAAGAUGUACAAGGCCGUCAUCCUGCCGACACUACUGUAUGGAGCGGAGACUUGGACGGUGUACGCAAAGCAGGCACGCCGUCUGAACCACUUCCACCUCAGCUGUCUUUGUCGCAUCCUAAGGCUGAACUGGCAGGAUCGAAUCCCCGACGCUGAUGUGCUGGAACGGACGGGAAUCCUCAGCAUCUACGCCAUACUGAGACAAAUGCAGCUGCGCUGGAGCGGCCACCUGGUGCGCAUGGACGACGAGCGACUACCCAAACGACUCUUCUACGGAGACGUCGCGACGGGUUCCUGCCGUCAAGGGGGCCAGAUUCGCCGUUACAAGGAUACCCUGAAGUCCUCCCUGAAACGCCUGCAAAUCAACCCCACCAACUGGGAGGAGCUCGCACUCGAUCGACCGACCUGGAGGAGGACAGUGAAGACAGGCGCUGCGAUCUGCGAAGCCAACCGCAUCGCUGCCGCCAAAGCGAAACGCGAAGCCCGCAAAUCACAACUUCGCCCAGUACGCAACGCCGCCGCACAACCGCUUCCAACGUGUCCUCGAUGUCAACGGACAUUACGGGCUCGAAUCGGACUUGUUGGACAAUCUUCGGAUUAACUGCGACUCUCGAACGGCACCAACCAUCGUCCACCCGCCCGCCUCUUCCUCCUCCUCUCCGCCGCCAACUAACUCUGACAAUUCCUAUGACCCACCAUUUCCAUCCUCCUCCUCCUCCUCGUCCACUGCUCCAACGACGGCCGCUCAGGCAACUGUCCCGCGCGCAGCAACCGACACUAUUACCACCUCCCCCGACUCCAGCGAUGAGGAUCAGGACUACACCUGCCCUCAUUGCGACCGCACCUUCACCUCACACAUCGGCCUGGUCGGUCAGUUGCUAAUCCAUCGCACAGGGACUGGCGAACCAGUGCCUGAAGCACCAACCUACACCCACCGCACUCGCCUCCACUGCCCACAAUGCACUCGCACCUUCAGGCAUCGCAUGGGCCUUUUUGGCCACAUGCGCAUCCACGAGAGCGGCCUUGACGGCACUCCCGACACACCCACCACAUCCAACACAUCUACCGUGCACACCCCCAUCCUCGCUCCAUCCGUCUGCGCCACCACCACCGCCUCCUGUGGAGCUGACACUGACACCGCCGACUUCUCAUGCCCACACUGUCGACGCACAUUCACCUCACGCAUCGGCCUGGUCGGUCACUUGCGAAUCCAUCGCACAGAGACUGGCGAACCAGUGCCUGGAGCACCCACCUAUACCCACCAAGCUCGUCUCAACUGCCCACACUGCCCUCGCACUUUCAGGCAUCGCAUGGGUCUGUUCGGCCACAUGCGCAUCCACGACGACCUGCGGUAG